AUGGAGCGGAGGGCGGAGGCGCCGCCGCCGCAGGGCCUCGACUUCACGGUGGAGAACGUGGAGAAGGCUCUCCAUCAGCUGUAUUACGACCCAAACAUUGAGAACAAGAACUUGGCUCAGAAAUGGCUGAUGCAGGCGCAAGUUUCCCCCCAGGCAUGGCACUUCAGCUGGCUACUUCUCCACAUGGACAAGGUGCCCGAGAUCCAGUACUUUGGGGCCAGUGCUCUCCACAUUAAAAUAUCCCGUUACUGGAACGACAUCCCGGCUGACCAGUAUGAGAGCCUCAAGUCACAGCUCUUCACCCACAUCACUCGCUUCGCCAGCGGCUCCAAGAUCGUGCUGACCCGGCUGUGCGUGGCGCUGGCCUCCCUGGCGCUCAGCAUGAUGCCAGAGGCUUGGCCCUGCGCUGUGGCAGACAUGGUGCGCAUGUUCCAGGCAGAGGACUCCAACGUGGACGGGCGAGCACGGUGCCUGGCGCUGCUGGAGCUGCUGACGGUGCUGCCUGAGGAGUUUCAGACCAGCCGCCUGCCACAGUACCGCAAGGGCCAGGUCCGCAGUGUCCUGGCGCAGGAGUGCAGCUCUGUCUUCCCUUUGCUGGAGCAGCUGCUGCAGCAGCAGGACUCCCCAGGUUUCAUCAAGCAGAAGGUGUUGAAGUGCUUCUCCAGCUGGGUGCAGCUGGAGAUCCCGCUGAUGGACUGCGAGAACCUGAUCCAGGCAGCUUUCACCUCUCUGCAGGAUCCGGAGCUCUUUGACACAGCGGUGGAGGCUGUUGUCAAUGCCAUUUCCCAGCCAGAUGCCCAGAGGUAUGUGAACACCCUCCUGAAGCUCAUCCCUCCUGUGCUGGGGCUCCAAGAGCAGCUGCGCCAGGCAGUCCAGAGCGGGGACAUGGAGACAUCCCACGGAAUCUGCCGCAUUGCUGUGGCCUUAGGGGAGAACCACUCCCGGGCCCUCCUGGACCAGGUGGAGCACUGGCAGAGCUUCCUGGCUCUGGUCAACAUGAUCAUGUUCUGCACUGGCAUCCCUGGGCACUACCCCGUCAAUGAAACCACCAGCUCCUUGACACUCACCUUCUGGUACACAUUGCAGGAUGACAUCCUCUCCUUCGAGCCAGACAAGCAGGCAGUGUACCAGCAGGUGUACAGGCCUGUCUACUUCCAGCUGGUGGAUGUGUUGCUGCACAAAGCCCAGUUCCCAUCUGAUGAGGAGUAUGGCUUCUGGUCUUCGGAUGAGAAGGAGCAGUUUCGGAUAUACAGGGUGGAUAUCUCAGACACACUGAUGUAUGUGUACGAGAUGCUGGGUGCUGAGCUCCUGAGUAGCCUCUAUGACAAACUGGGACGUCUCCUGACCAACACAGAGCAGCCAUCCACAUGGCAGCACACGGAGGCCUUGCUUUAUGGCUUCCAGUCCAUUGCCGAGACCAUCGAUGUGAACUACUCCGACGUAGUGCCAGGGCUGAUCGGCCUCAUUCCCCGGAUCAGCAUCAGCAACGUGCAGCUUGCUGACACCGUCAUGUUCACUAUCGGGGCCCUGUCCGAGUGGCUGGCGGAUCACCCUGUCAUGAUUAACAACGUGUUGCCACUGGUACUCCAAGCCUUGGGCAACCCUGAGCUCUCCAUCUCCAGUGUCUCCACCCUGAAGAAGAUCUGUCGAGAGUGCAAGUACGACCUGCCACCCUACGCUGCCAACAUUGUCGCUGUAUCGCAGGAGGUGUUGAUGAAGCAGAUUCACAAGACAAGCCAGUGCAUGUGGCUGAUGCAGGCUCUUGGUUUCCUGCUCUCUGCACUGCAAGUGGAGGAGAUCCUGAAGAACCUGCACUCCCUGAUCACCCCCUACAUCCAGCAGCUGGAAAAGCUGGCUGAUGAAGCGCCCAAUCCUUCCAACAAGCUGGCCAUCAUCCACAUCCUGGGCCUGCUCUCCAACCUCUUCACCACCUUAGACAUCAGCCACCACGAUGAUGACCAUGAAAACAAUGAGGUCAAGAAACUGCCAGUGCAGCAAGGACCCAACCCAGUGGUGGUGGUUCUGCAGCAAGUCUUCCAGCUCAUACAGAAGGUUCUGAGCAAGUGGCUGAAUGAUGCCCAGGUGGUGGAGUCUGUCUGUGCCAUCUUUGAGAAAUCCGUGAAGACCCUCCUGGAUGACUUUGCCCCCAUGGUGCCUCAGCUGUGCGAGAUGCUGGGGCAGAUGUACAGCACCAUCCCCCAAGCUUCUGCCAUCGACCUCACCCGGCAGUUGGUUCACAUCUUUGCCCAUGAGCCUGCCCACUUCCCUCCCAUCAAGGCCCUCUUCUUGCUCGUUACCUCAGUCACGCUGACCCUCUUCCAGCAAGGGCCCAGGGAUCAUCCUGAUAUUGUUGAUUCAUUUAUGCAACUCCUGGCACAGGCUCUGAAAAGGAAGCCGGACCUCUUCCUGUGUAGCAAUCUGGAUGUCAAAGCAGUGUUUCAGUGUGGUGUUCUUUCACUGAAGUUCCCUGAGGCCCCCACAGUCAAAGCAUCCUGUGGCUUUUUUACAGAGCUGCUGCCCCGCUGCGGAGAGAUUGCCCCGGUGGGACAGGUGGUGCACGAGAAUGGCAAAGUGCUACUACAGGCAGUGCUGGAGGGUGUUGGUGGCCAGGCUUCCCGCAGCCUCAUGGAUCACUUCGCAGAAAUCCUCUUUGCCUUGAACAAGCACUGCUUCAGCUACCUGAGCAUUUGGAUCAAGGAGGCCAUGCAGCAGGAUGGCUUCCCCUCAGCCCGCAUCACCCCUGAGCAGAAGGAGAACUUCAGCCAGCAAAUCCUCAGAGAGCGUGUGAACAAGCGGCGAGUGAAGGAGAUGGUGAAGGAGUUCACUCUGCUGUGCCGAGGGUUGCAUGGCACAGAGUACACAGCAGACUACUGAGCACCUGGCC